UUAAUUUUUCAGGCAGCAUUUUCCCCCCUGCUUAAAUUGCAACCGGAAAGGUGAUAAAAGUGAUUUGCACCGUAUGUUUUCUUCAUGUACUACGGUCAAAAUUAUUCCACGAGAGUUAACGAUACUGCUACAAUUCUCAAGCUGAUAUAUGUGUUGAUUAAGAUUCUACUCUAGGAUCCACUGGUUGAAGUCUAAGCAUUCAAGUCAAUAAACAACCACUGAAACUAAAAUGGUCGUCUUAUUUUCUGCUCUAUUCACGAUUUUACUACUGAAACUGUAGUGUAGGGGUAUGAACACGGAGACGUUUACUCUUGUAGGUUAAAUUAUAAAUAGAAAUAGAAGUUAAGCGAUGCAGUAUGAUUAGUCAGUUAACGAGACAGUAAUCGCGAUACGACAGAAUAUACACAUGAGAAAAAUUCUGCUCAUGCUCAUAAGUGCCGUGGAUACGGUUAGGUGUCUUUUGUUUACAUUCGGAUAAUUAGGUAAUCUGUGCUUCCUGAAUAUAUAUUCAUAAUAUGUAAAGUUAUUAUGUAAGUGAAGCGUGGCAUAUUAUUUGUCUGCGUUUCAGUUAUAGACUUUUUAUGUUUUAAACCGUGUGCAGUUUGCAUGCCUUUUUUGUCAGUCGUUAAAAGCCGGGUGACUCAAGGGAUGGUCAUCCUAUACGCACAUGCAGUUUCGAGUUUCAUUUUGAGUUCGUUUGGUGAUUUUUUUUAUGUUGAAUUCCUUUUUUGUGAGAAGAAUUAGUAGGUCAUGAAGGCGAAGUCAUCGUACAUCUUUUCGCUUAGCCAAAGUAUCAUAAUGGAUACAUCUGCAAAUGAUCUUUGCUCUCGAAUACAUCUUAAAGUUGAACAACCAGUACAGUUAGAUGAUCUGAUAUCGAAGUCAUUAGAGAAAUAUGAUGUGAAGAGAGAUGAAAAUGUGGAAAUGGAAAAUCAUAGUAAAGUUGAAGGCAAUCCUGAACAGAUUAGUGAAUGUGAUAUCAUCAACAACAGUGACAAUAUUAAUAACAACAAUGUCUGUAGUAACGAUGUUGGUGCUGUUGCGGUUAAGAAGAGGCGAAAUCCGCCGAAAGAAUCCAAAGUCUUCCAGUGUACUAAAUGUCACAGUUAUUAUUCUUCCAGAACAUUUUUAAAAAUACACACUAAAUUCGUACACAAAGAUGUAGACUAUAUAUGUCCACAGUGUUGUAAAACAUUUACAGAGAAGUAUAAAUUGGAAAUUCAUCAAGCAAUGAUUCAUGGAGUUAGCAGGUUUAAAUGUGAACAAUGUAGUCAGUGUUUUUUGACAAAUGGUGCGCUCAAAUCGCAUAAUGAAGUUGUACAUUUAGGCAUUACUUACCCUUGUUUACAAUGUGGUAAAGUCUUUUCAAGAAAGUCCUAUUUAACAUUACACAAAGACUUUGUACAUCAACAUACAAAAUUACCAUGCACUCAUUGUAGCCUAACAUUCCCCUGUAAAUCUCGUCUGAAUGAUCAUAUUAAAAUUGUCCAUGAAGGCAUAAAACCAACAUGUGAUGAAUGUCGUAAAGAGUUUACAACAAAGUUUUCUUUAAAUGAACACAUAAGAGCAAUUCAUAAAGGCAUUAGAUUAGCAUGUAAUCAAUGUGAUAAAUCGUUUCUAUCAAGAAUUAGUUUAAAUCAACAUAUAAUUGGCGUUCAUAAAGGAAUUAAAUAUCCAUGUGAUCAAUGUGAUAGAAAGUUCACUACAAAGUUUUAUUUAAGUGAACAUAAGAAAGUAAUUCAUGAAGGCAUAGCAUUUCCUUGUGAGCAAUGUGAUAAAAAAUUCACCUCAAAAGCUACUCUUAGCCGACAUGUGAAAUUCAUUCAUCAAGACAUGAAAUUGUCUUGUGAUCAAUGUGAAAGACGAUUUAGCAGAAAAUCCCAUUUGGAUGAACACAUUCGAGUUGUUCAUGAAGGUUUAUCGUUUAAAUGUGACAUUUGUGGCAAUGUAUUUGUAAAAAUGACUAGCCUAAGGGAACAUGUGAAUAAUAAACAUGCAGGAAUGAAACUUACGUGUGAUUUAUGCGAUAAAAAAUUUUCAACAAGAACUGCACGUUAUCGACACAUUAAGACUAUUCAUGAAGGCAAGAAUUUUUCCUGUGAUCAGUGUGACAGAAAGUUCAAUGGUAAAUCUAAACUCAGAGAACAUAUUAAAGUUGUUCAUGAAGGAUUACCAUUUAGAUGUGAUAUAUGCGAACGUCCAUUCACUAAAGCAGUCAGUGUGAGAGAACAUAAAAAGUCUGUGCAUAACGGAGAAACUCAUUCAUGUGAUCAAUGUGGUAAAACAUUUUCAAGUAAACGCAUUUUAAACAGACAUAAAAGUGCAUUUCAUAAAUCGAAGACAGAAAUUGAAGUAGACAAUUAACUACUGACAUUGUGGUUACCAACAAGUAAUCAUUAGUCAGCAUAACUUUACAAGGUAAUUUGAUAACUUCUUUUAACAUUGAAUGAAUUACUUUCAUUUCGGGCAUUUAGUGGACAAAAGAGAACUUGAGCGAGGAAUAUUCUUCCCGGUAAAUUCCGCAUCCAACUCUAUGAUUUUGUAGACCUUGUUAACAUCAAUCUUGUGUCCUGAAUCCACGAUAUGAGAUAGAAUAGAACUAUGAUUGGACUUUGCUUGUCCAUUAUUUAACGAUUACGCAGGAUUUGGUGUCCGCAAAUCCGACGAUGAAUACGCCUAAUUGUAGAGCCUAUGCAGCUAGCUGGCUCCCCGUGGGUGCAGUCAAUUUGGUCGAUACACAUAGAAGAGGCAGAAUUAGUCAGUUUAUCUCUAACUUGUGAACUUAAAAUAUGGAUGGUUUUGAAGAGACAGCAUACACUUCAGCGGUAUUGAAUGCUCUUUCCACUGCAUUCCUUAAACGUUGUGUUAUUAUCUCACUGGUGUUAUCAUUGAGGAACUGAAGCUGCAAGGAAAAAGUCUUUUUUUCGGAACUGUUGGUACUUUGGCUUGUUUGGGUUGUGAUUCAUAUUGUUGUCAAUGAAUUACUCUGGGUAACCAUUCUCACUCGAAGUUGUCUCACGCUAUUGUGUGAUUACGUGCAAGUGAAUGCAGUGGAAUGGCCGAGCUUUUCUCUAGGUUGUUUAACUUAUCAUGAUGAAUGGUUCCAGGCAUAGCUAAAUUCUUAUGUUCCAAUCAUCUUAUUGGGGCCCAAUAGAUCCAAUUAAGAAAAAUAAUAUAAUUUUCCCGUAUACCAUGUAAUGACUGUUAGUGAGGUCAAUUACAUAGGCCAGUCAAACUAGUAGAUCGAGGUUAACUAGAUUAUUGGAACGCAAAAAUUUAGCUGGACAUAGAAUGAUUAACCCUACCAAGUUAAAUAACCUAGAAGAAAGCUCAGCCAUUUCACUGCAUCCACUUGCAUGUAAUCACACAAUAGGUGGGGUGGCACAUGGUGAGAGUAUUAAAAAGUAAUGUAGUCAGCUGGAGAGAAAGAGGCGAAUCAUGGAAUCUUUGUUUAUCAAUUCAACACUAGACAAUAGGAAUCGGAAUGACUCAAUACCGCCUAUACCGGAGAUAUGGAAAGUGGCAACAAACAACAAGGUGAAGAGGGAUACGGAGAGAGAGGAAGAGCAAGGAAGGAACAUGUGACUAAACUGAUGUGAUUGUGAAUGGCAAUAAUUCACACUCGAAACCUUGUCAUCCAGUUAUUAAUACUGCAUUAUCACUUUGUGUGAUAUUUAAAAUAAACUUAUCUAAUAUGGAAUUACAUUCUAUCACAACGCGGUGCCCAAGUUCUAAACUCACAUUUACAAAUCAGUUAGCCUUGUCUUAUUACACAGUCUAACAACAUUCAUACCUACAACGGACUAAGGUAGGUAAAAUUGUGACAAGUCAGUGUAAUCUGAAAGCCUAGAGCUCCUUUGAUCUCCGAUAAAUUCAUAGGUAUGUUGUAUUCCUGAGAGAGAGAGAGAGUGGUGGAACUGUUAUAUGUCUUCCCGCUUUCAAUGGUUCUUUCACACAUAUAGGUGUCAGUGUAUUAUUCAAAAUGAAAUAGAUACCUUUCGAUAGUGAAAGGAAGACCAAAUUUGGAGUAUGAAAUGAUAUCAUCAUUCUAUUUCACAGGUUCUCGUCAGCUAACUGCAAACUACCUGAAUUUACAAUGGUUAUAGAUAAUAACAUUUCAUAUUUCAAUGUUUGAAACGAGCGUAUCCGGAAUAGAAAUAUUGCGAUUUAUAGUUUAAGUUAUCAUCAAUUUAUAUACUAUCAAACUAUGAAAAAAACAAAAAGGAAGGGGAGUGAGAGAUUGACUACACUCUCUUUCUGUGUGCAUAAGUUUGGUCUGAGACGUUUGAUUGCAAUUGCUUCAGCAGUAAAUCGUAGUAGAUUCUCUGUCCUUUGUAUGUUUAAUAUUUUGAAGGAUUUUGAAAUCUUGACAAAAUGACCCGUAUCCACAAGGUGUCUGGUAAUUGCACUUUGUAAAUAUAUAUGCUUCUUUUUGAGCAAAAGUUUCUUGGAAUAUGCUGUGAAAACCGGAUAGAAGCCUUUCUUUCUGUCCUUCCACUGUAAUUGCUGCUGCACGUGCACGUAAAUUUAUAAAUGCAGUUGGAGGUAACAUCAGCAGGGUACUUAUCCACUUUUGAUUGGCUUAUAAAGCAUGUCACUAGAUUGGCUGUAAGGAAGCAUCUCUUUAUUGCUCCUUUCGUCCUCUUAUGAAUCUUUUGCGAUACUAUUUCUCCUUUGUUUGGGAGGUGAAUGAACACUUUCUUCUUUUCAACUGUUGAAUACUUCUCUUUCUCAUCUCUUUCUUUGCUUUACUUAAGGAUAAAUCCUUGUAGAUACCCGUUUUCCUUAAGGCAUUGUUCAACAAAACUUAAUUCUGCUCCUACCUUGUUAGGCUAACAUAACUUUCUGGCCCUAUCGUACAGUGUUUUUACUAAUCCCGGCUAAUAGCGAUAUCUGCUUGAAUAUAUUUGCUGAGAUUUCUUUCUUUUUUGAUUGGAAAAAUCUACAAUUCUCUGGUACUAAUAUGUCUUUAUUCAUACUGUUGUCUGUUUCUACCUUCUAUUGUAGCGUAAUUCAAUCAAUUCCUGUUAAGGCUGUUAUUACCACUCAUUGGACACUGGACGCUGACGUAUUAAUUUCGUAAUGAAUACACAAAUGAUUCCUUGUAUUUCCUAAUCUCUUAAUCAGAAUGUAAUGAAUGGAAUUAUUUCCGUGUUAACCACUAACUACUUCAUUUCUCUUUUUUUAUAUUUUCUUUAUAUUGCCUUUGCUUUGUAUGAUUUAUUAUUACUCCACUCCCUAACAAUCAAUCUCAUGUUUUCUGUGUAAAUAUUCUCUUAUUAUAUUUGUAAUCUGUGUAUAUAUGAAUGAUACUUUUAGUGUUUUCCAAUACAAUUCACAAU